GAAAAGUAUGCAGCCACUGGUUUGUAUAUUUACCAUCGGUCGCGAGUACGCGCCACGGUUGGCUGAAACAUUCUCCGCUCCAAAUUUACAGCUCGCCAAUUAUUUGGCACCAAAACAAAACAAAAUCAUACAUACAGAGCUACUCCUAUCAUUUGCUCACUCACUCACUCCGUAUUCCUACAUUUAUUAUUAUUCUCUCUCAGAUAUUUUAUCAAACACUUGGAUUGCACUGUUUUUUUUUUUUAGAAAAACGAGGGAGAUAAUUUAUUGAGCGAGGAUGAGUUUCCGGGACGACAGUGAAGAUGCGAGGGGUGACCUGCGGAAACCGUUUCUACACACCGGGAGUUGGUAUAGGAUGGGGUCUAGGCAAUCUAGUAUGAUGGGCUCUUCUCAGGUUAUUCGUGAUAGUUCAAUCUCUGUUGUUGCCUGCGUUUUGAUCGUUGCUUUAGGUCCUAUUCAAUUCGGUUUCACUUCUGGUUAUUCAUCUCCAACUCAAACUGCAAUCAUCGAGGAUCUUAAACUUAGCGUUUCAGAGUAUUCUUUAUUUGGUUCGCUAUCAAAUGUGGGUGCUAUGGUGGGUGCUAUAGCCAGCGGUCAGAUGGCUGAGUAUAUCGGAAGGAAAGGGUCUAUAAUGAUUGCGGCUAUCCCUAAUAUUCUCGGGUGGCUUGCUAUAUCUUUUGCCAGAGAUACUUCUUUUCUAUACAUGGGAAGGUUAUUGGAAGGUUUUGGUGUGGGAAUUAUCUCGUACACGGUUCCUGUUUAUAUAGCAGAGAUUGCACCUCAAAAUUUAAGAGGAGCUUUGGGUUCAGUGAAUCAGCUCUCCGUCACAAUUGGAAUCAUGCUGGCAUAUCUUCUUGGGCUUUUUGUUCAAUGGCGAGCACUUGCAGUUUUAGGAAUCUUGCCAUGUACCAUUUUGAUACCUGGACUGUUUUUCAUUCCAGAAUCUCCUAGAUGGCUGGCAAAAAUGGGUAUGACUGAAGAUUUUGAAGCUUCUCUGCAAGUUCUGCGGGGGUUUGACACUGAUAUUUCACUUGAAGUGAAUGAAAUUAAGAGAGCAUUAGCUUCAACGAGCAGAAGAACUACAAUUCAAUUUGCAGAACUCAAACGGAGAAGAUAUUGGCUCCCUCUAAUGAUUUGCAUUGGAUUACUUAUCCUGCAACAACUUAGUGGUGCUAAUGGAGUUCUAUUCUAUUCCAGUACAAUUUUUGAAACUGCAGGGGUUAAAAAUAGUAACGUAGCUACAUUUGGCCUUGGUGCCAUUCAGGUUAUUGCUACUGGUGUAACAACAUCAAUUAUUGAUAAAGCAGGCCGCAAACUUCUACUUAUUAUUUCCUCUGCUGGAAUGGCUCUUAGUCUCCUACUUGUUGCAGUAUCAUUCUUUAUACAGGAUCUUGUGUCGGACCAGUCUGGUUUACAUAGCAUUAUGGGGAUCUUAUCAGUUGUUGGAGUUGUGGGGAUGGUGGUAGCGUUUUCUUUGGGAAUGGGACCCAUUCCAUGGGUUAUAAUGUCUGAGAUUCUACCAGUAAAUAUAAAGGGGCUAGCUGGAAGUGUAGCAACACUUGCCAAUUGGUUUUGCUCCUUUGUGGUUACAAUGACUGCAAAUUUGCUUUUGACUUGGAGUAGUGCAGGAACGUUUGCCAUUUACAUGGUCUUAUGUGUGUUGGCUCUUGUAUUUUCGAUUAUUUGGGUUCCCGAAACAAAAGGGAGAACUUUAGAGGAAAUUCAGAGUUCCUUCAGAUGAGGUUUGCAGUUCUUCCUUUUUUUGUUUAUUUCUGUAUUCAAGAAAUUCAUUUUUGUAACUAAAACGUAAUCAAGAACAAAGCAUAUAAGAUUGUUCUCAGAAUUAAAAGAAGCAUAUAUUUUCUGCCAGUAA